UUGACAGACAAUUCAUUAGGUUUCAAGAGCUUUCUUUUUCUUUGUUGACUUUCAUAUACAUAAACUUGUUAAAUAUGAGAAAGGAACCAAUUCCUGAAGUAGACAUGAGGAUGGUGGCCAAAAACGCGGAGGUUCAUCGACGAGGCAUUUUGGGUUUUGCUCCCCGGAUCGGAUUGGUCAAUGUUGACUACGACGAUCUGGACAGGAUUGACAACUUCUAUUUGGAGACCCAGAGGUAUCGGGACUAUUACCGCGAUCCGCACAACAUUCUGCACAAGCCGGAGCGUUUUCGGCAACAUCAGGGAAAAUGCUCAAUUAAACUGGACACCAGUGUCCAGAACUUGACCAGGCCGAUCCGUUGGGUCAAAGAGAAAAUGCCUGUGCUCUAUCCUCCUUCAAGGGACACUGCGAUGAUGUUGGGCACACCGAUAUCAUCUAGGAUCAUAGGCCAAUACAACAAGUCGACUUGCGCAUCUUUUCUUCAUUAGACAAAUUGAAUUUUAAGCGGCGGCAGGCGAACUGAGAUUCCUUGCGAAGUCUUUAUUUCCAAUUAAGUUGAAUGCACUUAGUGGUCCGAAAGGCGCACGCAGAUCAUCUCAGUUCAUCUGUCCACCGAAGGCAGAGCUCGGAAU